AAACUCGUUAUUCGCGUGACGGUGGUGGGGACGGAGAGUUUCGCACACACACACAUGCAAAAAGGCGACGCUGCGGUAGUAGGUACCGUCGAUUCGCGCGGAAGCUCAGUCCUAGCGCCGACCGUCGACCGAGCCGCAUCGUGUCCUUUCCCUACAAAAUCGUCUUUCUUUGAGUUUUGAUUUUACGUUAUAUUGUUAAAUCGAAAUCAGCCGCCGAUAUGGUCAACGCCGCGAACGUACAGCUGCUGAAGGACCUGGCGCACAAGCUCAGGAUUCACAGUCUUCAGUCGACCGAAGCCUCGAAAAGCGGACACCCGACAUCAUGCUCGUCGAUGGCAGAGAUCAUGUCCGUCCUCUUCUUCCACACGAUGCGCUACAAGAUCUCGGCGCCGAAGGACGCCAGCAGCGACAGGUUCAUCCUCAGCAAGGGUCACGCUGCUCCCAUCCUCUACGCAGCCUGGGCUGAGGCCGGUCUCUUCCCGACCAAGGAGCUCCUGAACCUGCGCAAGUUCGACAGCGACCUUGAGGGUCACCCGACUCCCCGUCUGAACUUCGUCGAUGUGGCCACCGGCUCCUUGGGACAGGGUCUCUCAGUCGCUGCUGGUAUGGCUUACGUCGGCAAGUACUUUGACAAGGCGAGCUACCGCACCUACUGCCUCAUCGGUGAUGGCGAGUCUGCCGAGGGUUCGAUCUGGGAGGCUCUGCACUUCGCCAGCUUCUACAACCUCGACAACCUCUGCGCCAUCUUCGACGUUAACAGGCUCGGCCAGAGCGAGCCCACCUCGCUUCAGCACAACAUGGAGGUCUACCGCAAGAGGCUCGAGGCCUUCGGCUUCAACGCCCUCGUUGUCGACGGCCACGACGUCGAAGAGCUCGUCAAGGCUUUCCACGAAGCCGAGCAGACUAAGGGACGUCCCACCGCCAUCCUCGCCAAGACCUUCAAGGGAAAGAACUUUGUCAACAUCGAGGAUCUCGAGAACUGGCAUGGAAAGGCCAUCACUGGUGCUCAGGGCCAAGAGGUCGUCAAGCACCUGCAGUCCCUACUGAAGAACGUGGGAACUGGCGAGCGCACCAUCCCCAAGCCCGUUGAAGACGCCCCCAAGGUUGACAUCAGCAGUGUCAAGCUUGACACGCCGCCCAGCUACAAGCUCGGAGAGCAGGUAGCUACACGUCUUGCCUACGGUACGGCUCUUGCCAAGCUCGCCAAAAACAACUCGAGAGUCAUCAGUCUCGACGGAGACACCAAGAACUCCACCUUCGCCGAGAAAAUCAAGGCCGUUGACUCCAAGAGGUUUAUCGAGGGUUACAUCGCCGAGCAGAAUCUCGUCGGUGUAGCCAUUGGAGCCGCCUGCAGAGAUCGUACCGUUGCCUUCGUCUCGGCCUUUGCUGCUUUCUUCAGCAGAGCUUACGAUCAGAUCCGUAUGGGUGCUAUCUCGCAGACGAACGUGAACUUCGUUGGCUCGCACUGUGGAGUCUCGAUCGGCGAGGACGGUCCCUCGCAGAUGGCUCUUGAGGACUUGGCCAUGUUCCGUGCCAUCCCCGGAUCUACCGUCUUCUACCCGUGCGACGCUGUGUCAACCGAGCGCGCUGCUGAGCUCGCCGCCAACACCAAGGGUAUCUGCUUCAUUCGUACCUCGAGGCCCAACACCCCGGUGAUCUACAAGAACGACGAGCCUCUGGCCAUCGGUAAAGCCAAGGUCGUUCGCUCGUCUAACAAGGACCAGGCUCUGCUCAUUGGUGCCGGUGUGACCCUCCACGAGGCCGUUAAGGCCGCCGACAUCCUCGCCAAGGCGGGUAUCAACGUGCGCGUCCUCGACCCCUUCACCAUCAAGCCCAUCGACCAGAAGGCCAUCAUCGAGAAUGCCGUCCAGACCGGAGGCAGAAUCGUCACAGUCGAGGACCACUACCCCGAAGGUGGUCUAGGUGAGGCUGUUCUCUCGGCCAUCGCCGAGCACCCGAAUCUCAUCCUCAAGAAGAUCGCCGUCAAGGACGUGCCCAGGUCUGGCAAGCCCGACGAGCUGCUGCAUCACUACGGCAUCGACGCCGUCAGCAUUGCCAAAACCACCGAGAGCUUUAUCAAGAACUAAGGCAAUCCGUUGCUGUUGAUCAUUGUUUUCUUUAAAACGUUUUCAUGUUUGUGAGGCGUGGAUUGUGGAUCAAUCUGACGGUAUAGUGUAGAUCGAGUUCAAUUGGUUUUUCAUACUGUUUACACAACAAGCGUCUUCCAAGCUCUCGCUGGACGAUCAAGUAUAAGUGAUUUUAUAAAGAAAGAAAGGAAUUUUUUUAAAAGAGAAUAUAAUUUUCUUACGCGUAUACUUUUGUAAGUUCAUAAUUUUCGUACAUUUUAUACAUAAAGAAAAUCAGCUAUGUACAAAUGUGAUUGUUGUUGCGUGAUGCCAGAGCGAGCGAGGCUUACUACUUCAAAGUGCGAUGAAUGUGAAAAUACACGAAUUUUCACAAGUAUAAUAA